AUGGAGAAAAAGGAGAAGGUGGUGCCGCCUAGCCCUCCAAGGGUCAUUCGAGAUGAGACGACCGGGAAUGCAUACAGAAGAGUUGGCUUUUUGGGGGAGGGUGGGUUUGCGAGAGUAUGGGAAGUGACGACAAUACACGGCGAGAGGAAGGCUGUAAAGGUGGUCAACAAGGAUAGUAUCAAGUCUAAGAAGAAUAAGACGAAGCUCUGGGCGGAGAUCAAGCUGCAUCAGAUGCUCACUCACCCAAAUAUCGUCACUUUCGAGGACUGUUUCGAGGACGAUGAGAACGUAUAUAUGAUGUUGGAAUUAUGCGAGAACGGGUCACUGAUGGACCUUCUUCGGAAGCGGAGAAGAUAUACCGAACCAGAAGCUCGCGUCAUCCUCGUCCAACUCAUCGCCGCCUGUCAGUACAUGCACCAGACCAACGUCAUUCACCGGGACUUGAAGCUAGGAAAUCUGUUCUUGGACGAUCAGAUGAAUGUGAAGGUUGGAGAUUUCGGAUUGGCGGCGUUGAUAGAGAAGCCGGGUGACCGGAAGAAGACUAUCUGCGGAACACCCAAUUAUAUCGCUCCUGAAGUUCUCUUUGACACUGUCAAUGGGCACAGCUUCGAGGUGGACAUAUGGUCUGUGGGGGUCAUAUUAUAUACCUUAUUGAUCGGAAAGCCUCCAUUUCAGACCAAGGACGUCAAGGCCAUCUACAAGCGGAUCAAGGAGAAUCGAUACGACUUCCCGGCGGACAAGGAGAUAUCAGCAUCGGCGCAAGACCUGAUCACCAGUAUCCUCAACCCAGAACCAGACAAGCGUCCCAGCCUCGACGCUAUCCUCCGCCAUUCCUGGUUCCACGAUGGACCGUUCCCGCCCUUCGUGCCCGUCACGGCCCACGACUCUGCGCCCGACUUCCGCCGCCUCACCAUCACGGAGAGCCGACGCAACUUACAGGCAGUCUACCACAAGGCCAAGAUUGGCGCGCCGAGCGAGAUCAACACCGAGACUGGCAGAAUACGAACGAACCUCGGACCCAGCAUCAUCCAGCAAGAGAGGGAUUUCAAGUAUGCGGUACAGCCCGACAGUCCUCUCGGUGCCCUCAUCAAAUCCGCUCGUCAACCCCUCGUCCAGGGUCCAUCCGAGAUCAAGGACUCUGCCCUUUUGCGCAAACUUUCAGCUGCCGGUGCGCAGGCAACUCUCAGUCCCGUACGUCGAGGUCACGCACCACGUACCACGACAGUGGAGGCAGGACCUUCCAGGAGGCACAUGGCCGCCGUGGGAGAGGAAGAGGAGGACGAUGCUAUGGGAGAGGAGCUACCGCCAACUCGAUACGAUACCGCUGUUCGCGAGAGGGAACUUGCUACGCAGAAGAUCCGAAUCGUGUCGGAGAUGGCGGCCAGCGAGCAGCGAGAGGAGGUCCAGGUCCGUCGCCCAUCACCUCGGAAACAACCCCUUGGUCCAGCAACUACGGUUCCGUCCACUCGUUCCGCAGCGGCGCAUUCAGAGCACAAGUCGACGGGCAAGGGCAAGGCGGUGGACAUGGCGGCUAAGCCUGAGACGCCGGGGCUAUUCGAGACGGUCGGAGUCCUUCUGGCGGACGCGUUCGCAGCAUCAGAUACGGAUGAGGGGUAUCGCGCGCCGGUUGAUCUACAGGACCCGAAGCCGCCUCAGGUGUUCGUCGCUUCGUGGCUGGACUAUUGUACCAAAUAUGGGAUGGGAUGGUCCAUGUCGGAUGGAACAGUCGGCGUCCAUUUCAACGACUCGACCUCACUAGCUCUAUCUCCUGCCAAGACUCAUGCCGACCACGUCUACCCAGAAGGUAAUGGACAUAGCCGAAAGAACUACCUCGCCGACUCUGCCCCGCCUGAGCUCAGCAACAAAUUCGCCCUCCUGCUCAAAUUCCAAGGAUACAUGGCAGACCGGCUAGUCGGGCAGAUGCCAUACACAUAUGAGGACACCGGUCUGACAAAGGGGAUGACGAUCGUCAUGCGGUAUCUGCGGAUGAAGCAUGUUAUCGUGUUUAGAUUGAGCAACGAUGUGGUGCAGUUCAAUUUUUACGACCACACGAAACUCAUCCUCAGCGAAGGCGGGCUCGUCAUUUCCUUUAUCGACAAGUCGUACAACUUGUGGUGUUGGAGCCUGGAGGAGCUGAUGUGGAUGAAGCGGGAAGAAGAGCAGGAAGGGAUGGACCCGCGCGAGAAGAAGCGGGUAGAUGGGGUGCUGUAUAAGCUGCACUACGCCAUGGAUGUAUUGAAGAAGGUGCAUCUCCAUAUGGGUUCGAGCGGGAACAAGAAGUCUAGCAAGGCGCCGACGGAGACGCAAGCACCUGAAAGGGCAGUGAGGACAGCGGAGAGGCCAAUCAGAUGA